UGCCAUAUCUCACAUUCAUUUUUUCUCUCUAUUUUAUUAUAAGAAACUAUUGGUAGGCAUGGGUUUGAGCAGUUUCAAUGGCAUUGGUUUAUUAGUUUGCAUGUGUUUUGUUGCAUUCUCCAUCACUGUUUCAGGACGCCCGGCCACUUUUCUCGAGGAUUUUAGGGUCACUUGGGCGGAUAACCAUGUCCGGCAACUUGAUGGUGGCAGGGGAAUUCAACUUGUUCUGGACCAAAGCUCUGGGUGUGGGUUUGCUUCAAAACGACAAUACUUGUUUGGAAAAGUGAGCAUGAAGAUAAAACUAGUCCCUGGCGACUCAGCAGGAACAGUCACUGCAUUUUAUAUGAACUCAGACACAGAUACAAUACGUGAUGAGUUAGACUUUGAGUUCUUGGGAAAUAGGAGUGGACAACCAUACACUGUUCAAACGAACAUCUAUGCUCAUGGAAAGGGUGACAGAGAGCAAAGGGUGAAUCUUUGGUUCGAUCCUGCGGCUGAUUUCCAUACUUAUUCAAUCACAUGGACGCAUUCACUAAUCAUAUUUGGUGUGGAUGAUAUCCCUAUAAGAGUAUACAAGAACCACGAAGCCAAAGGGAUCCCAUAUCCAAAGCUACAACCAAUGGGAAUAUAUUCAACGUUGUGGGAAGCCGAUGAUUGGGCCACAAGAGGUGGUUUGGAGAAGAUUGAUUGGAAGAAAGCCCCAUUCUAUGCUUAUUACAAGGACUUCGACAUCGAGGGCUGCCCUGUCCCAGGCCCUGCCAACUGCCCUUCAAACCCCAACAAUUGGUGGGAAGGGCCUGCUUAUAGGACACUAAACCCUGUGCAAGCCAAGAAUUACCAAUGGGUCAAGGCCAAUCAUAUGAUCUAUGACUAUUGCACCGACAAAUCUCGUUACCCUCAAACCCCGCCUGAGUGUGCUUUGGACAAUCUUUGAGUGGUGAUGGAAUUAAGAUAUAUUUAUGGGAUAUAUAUAUAUAUUUUAAAACGUUGGUGUGUGUUUCAUACUUACAUAUAUAUAUAUAUAUGAGGAUGUACUCGAGAAGCUGGGCUGGGCCAUGCAAAACAAAAAGUUAAAGGUGGAUUUGUGAUUGGAUUGGUUUUUGUUUGGCCCUUUUUUCUUUUGGAUUCAAAAAUAUAUAUCUUUAUGUUUUUAUAUAUCGCAUUUCAUGAAGUUAAACGAUUGAUUUCUUAUCAACUUGAGAUUUCA